AGGACAUCAUGAACAGUGAGAAAAGUUAUGAUUCAUUGCCUAAUUUUACUGCUGCCGACUGUGAGUAUCCAGCUGUUAAGAGGUCUGCGGCUUCUCGGCAUAGGAAGAAACCAGUACAUUGACCUGAUGAAUCAGUGUAGAUCUUCAAAGAAAUUCUUCAGAAGGAAAACUGCCCGUGACCUACUACCAGUGAAGCCAGUGGAAACUGCCAUUGAGGCGUGGUGGGUGGUGCAGGCUGGCUACAUCACAGAAGAUGACAUCAAGAUAUGCACUUUUCCCGAGAAGGGCGCUAUUGAUAAGCUCAUCGACUCAGGCCCACAGCUCUCCGGGUCACUGGAUUACAACGUGGUGCACAGUUUGUAUAACAAAGGCUUUAUUUAUCUGGAUGUGCCCAUAUCAGACGACAGUUGUAUAGCUGGUAAGUGUGGGCUGACAUUGUGCUCUCUGUUUUGAAUGACUGCUUAAAAAAAGCUCCAUGGUGUGCAUCACCUGAUAAAUUAACACAAAGCAUUC